UAUAGUAACAUUCUGGAUAUUAGUAAACUUUCUUUUUUUAUACACUUUUUCCCAUCUGUGCUUUCCUUAUCAAAUUUCACACAAAUUUUCGAACAUUUCGAUAGGAAUAAGACAAUAAAACACAGGUGCUUCGUUCAGUUGAGUUUUUCAUUUGGUUAUUGUUCCAAGUGUAAGACAAAAACAAAUUAAUUGUGAACAAUGGUCAACGACACUUAACACCUACGACAAUGACGAACGUCAACAGGAUCAGGGUGGUCGUCCUCGGCGGACCAAGAGUCGGCAAAUCAGCUGUAGUGGUGCGAUACUUGACGCGUCGCUAUAUCGGCGAGUACAGUUCGACCAGCGAUUUUCUCUACCGUCAUAGCGUGACUAUCGACAACGUCACCACCGAAGUCGAAAUCCUUGAUACGUCCAGAUGCGAGGAGAACGGCUGCCUGUACUCGCACAUAAGAUGGGGCGAGGCGUUCGUUAUCGUGUACAGCGUGACAUGCAAGCGCAGCUUCCAAGAGGCUCGCGGUUUGCUCAAGCAGUUGGCCGACCUAAGGCUGCCGUCCUACUUCACUGCCUUGCUACUCGGCAACAAGCGAGAUCUCGAUCACGCGCGAGAGGUGUGCGUUGACGAAGGCCAACAAUUAUCGCUGGCCCACGGCUGUCAAUUCUACGAAGUAAGCGCAGCCGAGAGUCCCGCAGGUGCAGCAUUGGCUUUCCAAGGACUCCUACGCGAGGCACGUUCCGUACAAUUACUACGAGCAUUGCCAAUUCGGCGGAAAUUAGGCGUGCAUUCGGUAUCGCGUGUACUCGGCACGAUAUUCGGCAAGAAUAACAACAAUAACAAUGGUAACGGCAACGCAAAGGAUCGUAAGAAAAGGCCGUCGCUGAGUAUAUGACGACUCGUUUGCGCCCUCCUACUUGGUACGCGAGACGAGCCAGGCUGCCGCCAGGAUGUCGUUGUCCUUAGCAGCCGUGCCGCCGUUGUCGCGACUCGCUGACCCAUCGCCUGUGCGCACACGCGCAACACAAAUGACGCUUUCCUUCGCAGAGGCUUCUUCUUACUUCUCAUUGCGUCUAUUUUACCGAUUGACAAUUGUCAAGAAUUGGCAUUACCGAUCAUUUGGAAACCAUUUGUUUAUAGCUGACAUUUGCUCAUGACCGAUUUCUUCGAUAGGGCAGAGUUGACCAAAAGAUUUGCAAUGUCGGUUAGACGGACUUGACAAACGAGUUUUGUGUUGUUCAACAAAUUUCAUAAAUACAUAUUUUUGUACUUAUUUUAGUAACGAAAGCAAUACGAUUGACUCGCAAGGAAACAUAUAUAUUUUCCAAUCACGAGUAAAUAUAUUAAUACAAGUAAUUGGGAAAGACUCAAAAACAAGAAACAUUGAAUUGGCCAAAAGAAAUAUAAUGAAUAAAUCAUGAGAAAGAAAGUAAGAGUGUAAUACUUUCUUUAUGAACAAUGAGGAUAAUUUGUGAUAAAAACGAAGAAGCACAAGGCUGGCCUUAGUCCUUCCCUUCCGACUUCGAAAGAGCGCGCGCGCGCGAAAGAGAGAGAGAGAGAUAAUUAAAAAAAAAAAAUCAACGAAGCAAAAGCGAAAGUCGAGGCAUACGAAACACCACACACGUGGGUGGCGCGUAUAUAUAUACGCGUGUGUACGCGCAAUCGAGCAACAGGUGAGAGUGGCGCUAAUGUAAACGAGCAAGACGAAACUCGGCGUAUAUACACGUGAAAAAAAAUUCUUUUUCAUUUGAGUCGAGUGAACUUUGUACAUAUUAUUGCACGAUAUCAUUGCGGAGAUAUUUUUUUUUUUUUUUUUUUUUUUGAAAAUUUCAACUCUCGUUCGAUGAGGAGUUUACGAGCGAAGACGAAAAGAAAUUUGAGGAAGCAAACAAACAUUUAAUUAUCCGAUACUUGUCGCCAACAAGCAACCUUGCAGGCACAUUGAGUGUGUACGUUGAAGCGUUAAUAUUUCCCGAACAAAAAUGACACUUUCACACUGGUAAAGAGCUCUUGACACUUUUUCGACAAAUCAAAAAUGAAAGUUUCAUAUAUACAUGCGUUAUACCCGUGUGUCUUUUAAAAAAGAAAAAAUCAACGUUUAUACCACAAAACACUCAUCACCAAGCAAUUAAUUAUGUGCCUUAUCGGGGCAACGCGCUACAGUAUCUUACGGAUUGUGCUUUUCUUCUUUUUUUUCAAGUAAAAUGUGCACUUUCAAUCAAAUUGAACAAUAAGAAAUUAAAAAAUGUGAUAUCGAGCGGCAAAAAAUGAAAAUCUUGAAAUUUUUAUUUCCGCAAGCGAGCGAAUAUUUUUUGUAAAUCUUUAUGUUCCUAAAGUUAUAAACGUUAAAUAAGUAAGAACGAGAGAGCAUAAAUGCCAGUGAGAGAAUGCGGUUAAACAUUAAAAGCGUCUAGAGUAUAAGGUUUUGUAUAUGAUUACUAGAGUUUAAGCCGAAAGUAUUUGCAUGAAUCAUGUAAAUCGUAAGGUAUCAGAAAAAUAUUUUUUACUGCAAAAUGAAAUCUUCACAGCGACAACGUACGAUUUUUUAUGAUCCGUUGCCAUUUACACGAAAAAAAAAUGUAUGUAAUUUCACGACAAUUACAUAUGGAAUAAAAGUCAAUGGAUGAUUCAUUGAGUUCUUCCCUUGUUCAAGCAAUGAUAAAAAACGACGAGUAUACGUCGUCGAGAGAACUUGUAGGCUUGUAUAUUUUAACAUCCCUUUGAACCCAUGCAACACACAUAAAAACUUCUUUUUUUGUACUUGUAAUACACACAGAUGGUUCGCUCUUGCACACAUAAUUAUAAAUAUACAUACACACGUAUAAACAUGUUAUGCACAUUUAUACAUACACACCGCGACCUUUGUAAUGCUAGAUUUUGUAUCAUAGCCGCGUCAGUGCCUUUUAUUUUUUUUUUGGUUUUUUAUACGUAAACCUUUCCUUAAAAACCUCUUAAAGGCUUUUCAACAUUCCAAUUGUAUGUUUUUUUCUCGUAUAUGACUUUUAGAUACAGCAUGUGCAACCUUUCUUCCGGUUUCUGCGAGGAAAUAUUGUUCGACGAUUAUAAUAGAAAAAUUGUAUUUUAA